AUGUACGAAACCCCCCUGGACAGCGAGGUGAAACCAGGCGGCUUUGACAGCCUGUCUGCUCCGGGCAGCCAAACCCUGCAGGGCAGCACCUCCCACGGCCAGACCCCGCACCGCCGUGUGCGGCUCCCGCCCCGCCGUGUGCGCCUCCUGCCCCGCCGAGCUCCCGCCGGCCUCAGACCCCGCACCGCCGUGUGCGGCUCCCGCCCCGCCGUGUGCGCCUCCUGCCCCGCCGAGCUCCCGCCGGCCUCAGACCCCGCACCGCCGUGUGCGGCUCCCGCCCCGCCGUGCGCGCCUCCUGCCCCGCCGAGCUCCCGCCGGCCUCAGACCCCGCACCGCCGCACCGGCCCCGCGGCACCCACCGCCCGCCGGGCGGCCCCGACCCACGGCCGAGCCCCGGCCCUGUGCCGCGGAGCCGCUGUUCGCCCCGCGGCCGGGCGGGUCGGGCUCCGAGCUCCGGGCGGGGACCCGCGUGGGGAGCCCCGCGGCGGGCGCUGCCGCAGGGACGCGCGGGCAGCGGGGCCGCGCCCCGGCCCCUGGCGGAGGCCGGUGGCUGUCCCCGGCCCGCCGAGCGCAGGCUCCCCCGUUCCCGCGGAGCCCCCGCUGCCGCGGAGCCGCCCCGCAGGGCCGCCGCCCGCCUCCCCCCGCCGCGGGCCCGGCCUCGCCGCCGCACUCACCCGGGCCUGCCGGCGGGGCCCUGCCGGCGCGGCCCGCUCGGCUCAGCGGCUCAUGCUGACGGUGCCGCCGGCGCGGCGGGCGGAGGCAGCGGCGGCCCGGGCUCCCCGCGCCAGCCCCGGGCCCGCUUCCGCCGCCGCCCCCCGAGGGGAAGGCGCGGAGCGGGGCGGCGGCGCGGCGGGCUGCCCUCCCCCGGGGCCGCCCUCCCUCAUCCUCCCCGCGGCGGAGCGGCCGGCGCCUCAUGAGUCACCGAGCCCGGGCCCGCACACGUGCCCGGCCCCGCCGCCUCCGGCCGGGGGAGGCACGGCAGGGGCGGCCUGGGGGCGGGCGGCGCUGCCCGGGCCCGGCCGUGUCCGCAGAGCGCCCGGCGCGAUGGCUCCGGACCCCCCCAACGCCGUUCCUGAGGACGCGAUCCUCUAG